CCCUUCUUCUUCUUCUUCUGCUUCUGUCCAACGCCGACCGACCCCCCAACUUUUGCAGUGCCAUGUCGGUGAUCCUGCAAGCGCUGGAGGACAAGCGGCCUGUUGAGGAUGUAAAGAAAAUCAUCGCGGCAAACAAGGACAAGGUCAACCAAGCCAACAGGUAUGGUUGGACCCCGCUCCGCCUGGUUGUGUCAACCUGGCCAAACGAUGACGAAGCAAACGAGCUGGUGAAAUGCCUGCUCGAUGCCGGUGCGGAUCAGACCAUCCCCGCCAAGAAAGGCGGUCUCUGCCCGCUGCACGAGGUGAUGCGUGGGAACAGCGAGCUGGCCCCCGGCCAGAUCCUCACGGAGACGGCCAAAACGCUCAUUGCACGCAUGCCGCGCGAACGCAUGGACAUCCGAACCUCCGUCGGCCUUACACCUCUGCACUAUGCUGCGCAGAACCGCAACAUGGAGAUGGUGGAGCUGCUGAUUGAGAGCGGGUGCACGCCCGAUGCCAUCACGGAUGACGGCAACACGGCCGCCCACUAUGCCGGCGCCGUGGAGGCACGCGACGUCAUGAACAUCCUCAUCGACCACGGCUGCGACCCGCUCCAGAAAAACGACAACGGUUGGACUUGCUUUGGCAAGCUGUUUGGCCCCGAGCAACUGCGCCGCCUGGCCGACAACGUCGACCUCAACGCUCACAUUCUCGCUCAGCUCAGGGCUGUGUUCCCGGACAAGAGCGAGCGCGAAGUGGACGAUCUGCAGGGGGAGUGGGAGCAGCGGCCACCGGACUGGAGCGAGGACCUGUUCCUGUUUCGCGAAGUGCUGGAGUUUGCAAAGCAUCCAAAUCGACGCGUUCAACCCUUCCACUGACAUCCAGCCCAGCCCUCGGUUUGUCGUUGAUUGCAGCGUGCAAGUGUGUGCGUGUGCGUGUGCGUGUGUGCGUGCAUAGUGUGUGACGCACGUGCGUGUACGUGCUAUGCGUGCGUCUGCACGCACAUGUACGUGCAUGCUCUUCUCGCUGUUGUCAUCCCUGCUUCAAACAGUACUGCACGCGUUGUC